GCAGCAUUUACUUCACACGUCAUCAUAUAAAAUCUUCAAGAAAUUGUCUAAUACAAUCUAAGGCGAUGAGGACGACCAUUGCUUUUCUGCUGAUAACCUCAGUAGUUUUCUUUUAUUCUUUUGUUUGCGUCAAAGCCACGCCAGAUGCCGGAGUGAAACAUGAUUCACCGAAAAAAUUACCUCCUGCUCAUGAAGAGAUGGCUAAAAAGGAAGAUCUUAGUGGUGUAUUUUACAAAAAAGAAAAAAAUGGUGAACCAGUUCCAGUAGAUAAAGAUUUAUUAGUAUGGAAGAAAGGCGGUGCGAUCUUUGCAUGGUCGUUUAAAGGAAAAAAAGUUGCAUUUUAUAAUGAUAAAAAACAAGUGAUUGUAAUAGAAAAUGGAAAAAAGAAGGAAUAUAAUGAUACUAUAGCUAAACGAUUAGGCAUCAAAUUUAGCGGAAAAAGUCCCAAACCAAAAUAAAGAAUUUUUACCAGCUGCGCUUGGGAAAGGUUUUCUGCAGUUUUCCUGCCCCUUGUCUAAAGAUCCUAGCAAAUAUGAGCGCUUUUUAAGAAAUCCGGCUGCAGACGGAACGGUAUAAAUAGGCAGAAUGGGUUUGAUAUAUGUAAAUACGCCAAACAUGUACAUGUUAUCAUUAUAGACAUUUUGAAAAAAUA